GUGACAUCUCUCAACUAGUGAGAGGCUUGUAUAUAUUGGGCAUUCCAACCACAAAACUAAGCCACCGACAAUUAUACCUUAUUCUACAGAGUUUAUUUACCUUAAAGGAAAGCACAUCCCGCUUUAAACACCGUAAUAACGACCAAACACACCAUGACCCCGAUAAACAAGGGAAAACGUGCCAUAAGGAAAAAUACUUUGGGUUGUAAAGCGUUAAAAAAUUGUUACCAUUCUAAAAACAAUUAAAGUGGGCGUGCUGGUGUGUGUUACCUCCUCCUGCCUCCUUCAUUACCCCCACCAACAACCUCUGAAGUGACAAGAAAGUGCUCAAGUCUUUGACACUUGGUUGGUGUGAAAAACUUGAGAAUUGAGGCAUUGAUGUCAGUCGCUAGCAGGAGUAAUGGUCUUCAGCAAGGAUUUUAUAGGAGCAUCACAUCUGCCUUCUUUACAGGUAGAAUCAUCAUGGCAUAUAAACAAGAUCAGCACCUUUAAAAUUAAGCCUAGAGCUGGAAAGAUAUUUCAAUGUGAAGGUAACAUUAGUUUGUAAACAAAAUGUUUGUUUUAAUGGAACCAAGAAAUACAGGUCCACAAUUUAUGGGUAAAGAAGAAAAUUCAGAAAAAUGUGAUGAUAGAUGUGACCUUGAAAGAAAUGAUAUGUACUGUAGUGCGAGUGAUGAUGCACCGUGUGAUGUUGAACAAAAAGUGAAUGAAUUUGACAGGAAAGAUGAUAACCAUAGAAUAGACAAUAAUGGUAUUAUAGGUUACAAGGUUAUAGAGAAACAUGCUUCUGAUCCGUGCUUGACACUGCGAAUUGCUGUGCAAAAAGGAAAUUCAUCAGUAAUUUCUGAAGAUAAGAAGCCAAGUGUUGAACUUACCCAGGAAGAUAAUAAGCAGGAUCUCUCAAAAUGCUCUAUAACCCCUGGAUUUUGGAAGCCAGCUAAACGAAAAAAAAAGAACUUGCAUGCAGGAAAUCGAAAGAAGAGCUGGCGGUUAGAGUGCAUGGUUCCAGGAUGCUCCACGAGAGCAUAUUCCAGUAGGUUUGUGGACUUUCCUGAUGACGUUGAGAAGAGGAUUGAGUGGGCCAGACUAACAAAGGUGAAUGAGAAGUUUCCAGAGGUGAGCCCCAGUGAAGCUCUACCUGCAAGGAUCGGCCUGUGCAUGGGUCACUUUAUGGAAGAGAACUUCAAUGUGUUUACUAGAGGGGAUGGGAAACUGUGCAAGCUGAAAGAAGGAGUUGAUCCUAGUAUCUUCCCGUGGAUCAAGUCAUCAAACGUCACCACAGGUUUGGACAUCUUUGAGAACUUGAAAUAUAGCCGUGAGAUGAGAUUGCUUAGUUUAAUGAAAAGUGAAUUAUAUCAUAUGAUAAAUCCCCCUACGAGAGGUUAUGAAGAAAUUAUGCAGGAUCCGUAUAAGACAAAUGAAAUUUAUGAAGACCAAAAGGAUCCCUUAAAAACUGAUACCAGAGAGGAGAGUGAAACUAAAUUGCCAAGGAUAUGUGAGCAAACUGAUCCAUCGCAUCUGGGACAAAAUGAAGAAGAGUUGUACUGUCUUCCAAGAAGGUGUAGAACUAGAGUGCCAAUUAAUUAUUCUGAUCAAAAUAUUCUGGUAGAAGGGAUUGAAGCUUUGCAGGAUCCUUCAGAGAUUAUUAAAGAUAAAAAUAUGAUUUUUAACCAUCCCAGAAGGUGUAGAACUAAUGCAAGGUAUAUUUCUGAACCAGAUAUUAUACAUUUAAGUCGUGAAAUUCCUCAUUAUCCUGUAGAAAUUAAGGAAACAGAUGAAGACAUUCAGAAUUUUCCCAGGAAUAAUGGUAGGCUGCCUCGUGCGUGUAAACAGAAAAGUGUUUUUGGUACUUCCGUAAAGGUUAAGCAAAAAAUUGGUGAUAGAAAUGCAAGAGAAAGAAGUCGUGCAAAAUGCAGAAAGGAGAACUUUAGAAACAGAUACAAGAAGAAACUAACAGUGUUAAAUUCCAGUGAAGAUUGUUUGUAUGAUGUAAAAAUUGAAAACUGUGAAGUUGAGUUGCCUGAAGUAGACUGCAGUGUUGAGGAAUCCAAUGCAAGUGUGUCUACAAAUCAAGAACAACAAAUAUAUGGAGAUUUCAAUCAUUUUCUGGAACCAUUGUCCAAUCCUACUGUGUCUAACGAACAACCGUGUCAAGAUCCCCACGCUUCUCUCAAUGCUCAAAUGAUCGCAUCAUGCGUCGAAGCCGUCAUGAAUCCGAUGAUGGCCAGGUUAGAGAUUUUCCAAGGAAAUGUGGAAACGAGAAUAGAACAACUGGAAGGGAAGGUAAACUCUCGACUUGAAAACUUAGAGGGGAGGAUUAACUUAUGCCUUGAGAAACUUGAAUGUCUUAGCAAUAAUCAUCAUUCUAAACCAUCAAUACCUUCAGGUAUGUGGACCACUCGAUGUGAUAACAUGCCGGAAAACUCCACCCCCGUUGCUCUCUCAAAUGGUAUAACAACUCCUGUGCAUCAUAUGGAAGUCAAUCUCAAACCUUUUGCCAUAAGUGAGAGAGAAUAUGAAAUGAUGGAAGGAGAAGAUAUACUUGAAGUAAAGGAUACAUAUUGAGAGAGAGCAUUAAGAUUAUUAUGUGACUCAUAAGAACUGUUUAUGAGUGAAGGUGCUGUCGAGAUGUUGAAUACUUGUGCAGACUAUUUAGAAUACAGUACAAUACAGUACUGUACAAACAAACAAGCUACCUAAUAUUGUAGUUGUAAGGAUUUCAGAUAUUCAUGAGUUUUUUAUGUUCAAGUUUGUAGAAUUUUAGUUUAUGGAAAUAUUUUAUUUUUGGAAGGACUUAACUUUUUAGUUUACUUUAAUUAAAUGAAUUUUAGUUUGUAUGCAAAUGUUUUUGAAUUCAGAAGAAAAUUAACUGAAUGGAGUUUUGCAAUGGCCAGCAGAGAUUUUUAAUGUCAUAACAGCUAUUUACAAGAUAUAUUUUGUCCUUGUGAACAGGAACAGGUGUGUGUGUCUCACUCUCAGGUUGAUAGUGUGAUAAGGCUGUCACUAUUUCUCGUGUGGUGUGUUUAUCGCUCGGACUCUCUGCUAAACUCCCGAUAACUGUACAGCAUUGUUUCUCAUCAGUAUAUAUAGACUAUUAGCAUAACCAUAUAUAUAUUUUUUGAGAGAGUCAACUAAUAUCUCCUUCAUCCAUCAAAGCCAAUUGUAACGUACAGUACAGUGUAUUAAAAUCAGCUCAGGUGGGUGAAAAGUCUUAUCUUGAGGCUUUGUCUGGUAGAUAUGAGAUUAAAGUGAUGUUGACGAAUACAGCACGUGGUACAGUGAUAUCCCCGUUAGCUGGAACAAUUUGUGCAGAGCACUUCCGGGAAUGAGAGAUUUCCGGGUUACGGAAAAAUGUUCUCGGAAGUUCCAGAA